AAGGAAGCAACCAAGCAACCCACCCGUGUGCUGGGAGAUGAGCGGGGCCAGCCUCGUCCUCCCCUGUGUGCGCUGACCCUUUCUCCGGAGUGCCCGAGGUCCUGUUUUUUCGCUUGCAUUGCUGGACCUGGCACGAAAAGGAAAGCAAAAUGAAGAUUUUUUCGGAAUCUCAUAAGACCGUGUUCGUGGUGGAUCAUUGCCCGUACAUGGCAGAAUCGUGCAGGCAGCAUGUGGAGUUCGAUAUGCUGGUGAAGAACAGAACUCAGGGAAUCAUCCCUCUGGCCCCUAUAUCUAAAUCAUUGUGGACUUGCUCAGUCGAAUCAUCCAUGGAAUAUUGUAGAAUAAUGUAUGAUAUAUUUCCUUUCAAGAAGCUGGUGAAUUUCAUUGUGAGUGACUCUGGAGCACAUGUUUUAAAUUCUUGGACUCAAGAAGACCAAAAUUUACAGGAGCUAAUGGCAGCAUUAGCUGGUGUUGGGCCUCCUAACCCACGUGCAGAUCCCGAAUGCUGCAGUAUUCUGCAUGGACUUGUUGCAGCUGUGGAAACCCUUUGUAAAAUCACAGAGUGCCAAAAUGAGGCUCGCACCUUGCUAAUGGAGAAUGCAGAACGAGUAGGAAACCGAGGACGGAUCAUCUGCAUCACGAAUGCAAAGAGUGAUAGCCAUGUGAGAAUGCUUGAGGACUGUGUCCAGGAAACAAUUCACGAGCACAACAAACUUGCAGCAAAUUCAGAUCAUCUCAUGCAGAUUCAGAAGUGUGAAUUGGUCCUGAUCCACACCUACCCCGUUGGUGAAGAUAGUCUUGUAUCUGACCGACCUAAAAAGGAGUUGUCUCCAGUUUUAACCAGUGAGGUCCAUAGUGUUCGUGCAGGACGACAUCUUGCUACCAAAUUAAAUAUUUUAGUACAACAACAUUUUGACUUGGCAUCAACUACUAUUACAAAUAUUCCAAUGAAGGAAGAACAGCAUGCUAACACAUCUGCCAAUUAUGAUGUGGAACUUCUCCAUCACAAGGACGCACAUGUGGAUUUCCUGAAAAGUGGUGAUACUCACAUAGGCGGCAGCAGUAGAGAAGGUGCAUUUAAAGAGACGAUAACAUUGAAGUGGUGCACUCCAAGAACAAAUAACAUUGAAUUACACUAUUGUACAGGCGCAUAUCGAAUCUCCCCUGUAGAUGUAAAUAGCAGACCUUCCUCCUGCCUUACCAAUUUUCUGCUGAAUGGUCGCUCUGUUCUGUUGGAACAGCCACGAAAGUCAGGCUCCAAAGUCAUUAGUCAUAUGCUUAGUAGCCAUGGAGGAGAGAUUUUUCUGCACGUCCUUAGCAGUUCUCGCUCUAUUCUAGAAGAUCCUCCUUCAAUUAGUGAAGGGUGUGGAGGGAGAGUUACAGACUACCGGAUUACAGAUUUUGGUGAAUUUAUGAGGGAAAACAGAUUAACUCCUUUUCUAGACCCCAGAUAUAAAAUCGACGGAAGUCUUGAGAUCCCUUUGGAACGAGCGAAAGAUCAAUUAGAAAAACACACGCGUUACUGGCCUAUGAUCAUAUCGCAAACCACCAUUUUUAACAUGCAAGCGGUAGUUCCAUUAGCCAGUGUUAUUGUGAAAGAGUCUUUGACGGAAGAAGAUGUGUUAAACUGUCAGAAAACAAUUUACAACUUAGUUGAUAUGGAAAGAAAAAAUGAUCCUCUACCUAUUUCCACCGUUGGAACAAGAGGAAAAGGCCCUAAAAGAGAUGAACAGUAUCGGAUCAUGUGGAAUGAAUUAGAGACCCUCGUCAGAGCCCAUAUCAACAACUCAGAUAAGCACCAAAGAGUUUUGGAAUGUCUGAUGGCAUGUAGGAGCAAACCUCCUGAGGAGGAAGAACGGAAGAAGCGGGGAAGAAAACGGGAGGACAAAGAGGACAAGUCAGAGAAAGCAAUGAAAGAUUAUGAACAGGAGAAAUCCUGGCAGGACUCGGAGAGAUUGAAAGGAAUCUUAGAACGUGGAAAAGAGGAGUUGGCUGAAGCUGAAAUUAUAAAAGAUUCUCCUGAUUCCCCAGAACCUCCAAACAAAAAGCCCCUUAUUGAGAUGGAUGAAAUGCCACCAAUAGAGAAAUCCAAAGGGCCUGUUUCCUUGUUAUCCUUAUGGAGUAAUAGGAUCAAUACUGCCAAUUCCAGGAAGCAUCAAGAGUUUGCUGGGCGUUUGAACUCUGUUAAUAACAGAGCUGAAUUAUAUCAACAUCUUAAAGAGGAAAAUGGAAUGGAGUCAACAGAAAAUGGAAAAGCCAGCCGACAGUGAAGAAACUAACCUGAGAAACUCAAUUUAGGGUUUGGGGCAUGCAUACUUUUACAGCAAGAUUGUAUAGUUAUGUGGCCUGGACCGGUUUUUACAAUUUUUAAAUAUUUCCACAAAAUUUAUCUUUUUUGUAUUGUAAAAUUGGCACAUAUGUCAAAGAUAUACAUUGAGAUUUGUCUCCCCAGAACACACAAAAAAGUUUAUUUUAUGGUAAAGGGUAUUUCCUCUGGAGAUGUUUUUUAAAAAAUUUUCUUAAACUUCUCUUUGCCAAAUAAAACUAUUAAAAAUAUUGAAAAGGGAAA